AUGCCUCAUGGACCUCCUUCGGUUGCUGUGGGCUUGGACGAAGGAGGACAAUUGGGGCGCGAGAGUAUCGAAGAAGGAAGCUUACUAACUUUCUGGACGUCGCCUGUCACUCGUGCUGAGAACAAGGACAUCCCAUCCCAAGCACUGAUCGUCCAAGCACCAGCAGCCGAUGAGAGCAGCAAACGGACUGCAUCAAAUGCUCGGACAGCGGACACUGCCAAGAUGACCAGUCUCAAGAGAAGCCUGGGCUCUGACCCAUUGGCUUCAAGCAUAGCCAGCAAGGUCUACAUACGCUCUACCAAGGCGGGCAAGCUGCAGAAGAUCGUCAAAGAAGUGUACCUGCGGCAAGACAUCCCCUGUUCUUCCAACCUGUGUUCGAGCUGCCUCAAGACAGCACCUCGAGAUGCAUCAGGGAAAGUCGCGCCCUUCGUGCUCUCUAAGGAGCCUGCCGGCACAAAGGCCUUCCCCAAGGGUCAUUACAUCGUGCCCGACACCAAUGCGUUCCUCAACGCCAUGGACCUCUUCGAGCAGGGCUCGGCGUUCUACGACGUCAUUGUGCUCCAGAUUGUGCUGGAGGAGCUGCGCAACCGCUCCCUCCCCUUGUACAACCGCCUCAUCGGCCUCACCAAGAGCGAUGAGAAGCGCUUCUACGUCUUCUUCAACGAGUUUCGCCUGGAGACCUAUGUGACCCGCGACCCUGGCGAGACUGUCAACGACCGCAAUGACCGCGCUGUAAGGAAGGCCGUCGCGUGGUACGGCGAGCAUCUGGCCAAGACCAAGGCCAAGAAGGUACCCACCGUCGUCAUGCUCAGCAACGACCGCGACAACCUGCGGAAAGCCAAGGCCGAGGGCAUAGCGGCGUGUACCCUAGGGGAGUACGUCAAAGGCCUCGAGAAUGCGGACGAGCUCAUGGAUAUGAUUCCCGAGUCGCAGGUCGAGAUCGAUAAGCAACGGGGCCCGGGCGGACACAUCUACCCAGAAUAUUACUCGAUGUCCAAGAUGAUGACGGGGGUCAAGAAUGGACUACUCCACCAGGGCGUAUUCAACAUGUCGCCUUACAAUUAUCUGGAGGCGUCAGUCCGAGUACCGGCUUUUCCUAAGGCAUUGAUUGUCAUGGGAAGAGAGAGCAUCAACCGAGCGGUCGACGGCGAUGUUGUGGUUGUGGAGGUCCUGCCCAAAGAUCAGUGGAAGGAGCCAUCUACACAGAUUAUUGAAGAAGAAGCCUUAACGAAGAACGAAAACGCCGACGGUGAUGAGGGACAGGAACUCGUCUCAGAGAAGGAGAAGAAGGCUCUCCAGGAUGAAGUGAAGAGAACCCAGGGCAAGACAGGAGAAGGUCACGCUCAGCCGACGGCGAAGGUUGUGGGCGUGAUCAAGCGGAAUUGGCGUCAAUACGUCGGACACAUCGACCAAUCUACGGUCAGCCAAUCUUCUACGCAAGGCAGAAGGCAGGAUACGGUGUUCCUCGUGCCUAUGGACAAGAAGAUCCCCAAGAUUCGGCUUCGUACACGACAAGUGGCCGACCUGCUUGGAAAGAGGAUACUGGUCACCAUGGACGCGUGGGACAGGGACUCAAGAAACCCUGUAGGGCAUCUUGUACGGACUCUAGGUGAGAUGGAGACCAAAGCUGCCGAGACCGAGGCUUUGCUUCUCGAGUACGACGUGCAAUACCGGCCAUUUCCAAAGACAGUAUUGGAUUGCUUGCCGAAAGAAGGACAUGACUGGAAGGUCCCGGCUAGCACGGAUGACCCAGGAUGGAGAGAUAGAGAGGAUCUCCGAGGGCUCCUCAUCUGCAGUAUCGAUCCUAUCGGCUGUCAAGACAUCGACGAUGCGCUGCACGCAAAACAGUUACCAAACGGCAAUUUCGAAGUUGGAGUGCAUAUCGCCGAUGUAUCACAUUUUGUGAAGCCAAACAACGCAAUGGAUACGGAGGCCAGCAUUCGCGGUACGACAGUAUACCUGGUCGACAAGCGUAUUGACAUGCUUCCCAUGCUUCUUGGUACAGAUCUGUGCUCUCUCAAGCCCUACGUGGAGCGAUAUGCCUUCUCGGUCUUGUGGGAGAUGAACUCUGACGCUGAUAUUGUCAAUGUGCGCUUCACGAAGUCAGUCAUCAAAUCUCGAGAAGCUUUCAGCUACGAGGAAGCCCAGCUCAGGAUCGACGACGUGUCUCAACAGGAUGAUCUCACCAAGGGCAUACGGACACUACUCAUGCUGUCCAAGAAGUUGAAGCAGAAGCGCAUGGACGCGGGCGCGCUAAGCCUGUCUUCGCCCGAGGUCAAGGUGCAGAUGGAGUCAGAGACGUCGGAUCCCAUCGACGUCAAGACGAAACAACUUCUCGAUACCAACUCCCUCGUCGAGGAAUUCAUGCUUCUCGCCAACAUCAGCGUUGCAGGCAAGAUUUACGAGGCUUUCCCCCAGACCGCCAUCCUCCGACGCCACGGUGCCCCGCCUAAGACCAACUUCGACGAGCUCGCCAACCAGCUCAAGGUCAAGAGGGGCCUGGAGCUGCACGUUGAUUCGUCUCGUGCCCUAGCUGACAGUCUGGAUGCGUGCGUCGACCCCAACGAACCCUUCUUCAACACUCUGGUCCGUGUCAUGGCCACCCGAUGCAUGAUGAGCGCCGAGUACUUCUGCUCGGGCACGCAAUCGUACCCCGAGUUCCGUCACUACGGCCUCGCCUCCGAGAUCUACACACAUUUCACGUCGCCGAUCCGGCGGUACGCAGACCUGGUCGCGCACAGGCAGCUGGCGGCCGCGAUCGAGUACGAGCCCGUGGCGCCCUCGGUACGCAGCAGGGGCAGGCUCGAGGCGGUGUGCAAGAACAUCAACGUGCGGCACCGCAACGCGCAGCUGGCCGGCCGCGCCUCCAUCGCCUACUACGUGGGGCAGGCCGUCCGCGGCAGGGUCACGGAGGAGGACGGCUUCGUGAUGAAGGUCUUCAGCAACGGCUUCGUGGUCCUGGUGCCCCGCUUCGGCAUCGAGAGCGUCAUCCGCCUGCGGGACCUCGCCGAGCCCGAGCCCCAAGCCACGUACGACGCCGAGAACUACGUCCUUAAGACGUCUGGCAGCAGGGAGGUCAGCGUGGAAUUGUUCCAGAAGGUCAGGGUCAGGAUCAGCGACCAGAAGGAGCAGUCAACGGGCAAGCGGACUGCUAAGAUGGAGUUAGUCUCGGCAUUGUAG